AUGGCGGCACAAGCAGCUCUGAUCGAAGAGACCAUUAUUGGACUUAAAAAAGCAUUGCGACGAGAAAAUGACUACAGCGGAUCCGACGAAGCUAUUACGCAGCCUACGAAUCGAGGAAAUAAGUUAAGAGUGAAUGCGAGAUAUGUUCAUGAAGGUGCCCUAGGAUUUUCGAAUCCGCGCGAUUUCUAUAAACAGAAAAUUGAACAUGCCGGAUAUACUCGUUACAUCUUGAACCGGAACCCUCCUCGGUAUGAUUCUGACGGUGACGAGAUUGAUGGCGAUGAAGAAGUGGAUUCUGAGGUCGAGGCCGAGGCGGCAGACGAUAAUCCAUUUGCAGGAAUUGCACUUGAACAAAUUCUCUGUCCUCUUAAACAAGCUUCAGAGCUUCCCGAUCACCCUACCUUAUCUCAACCUUACAGAUCAAAAGCAUUGCCUACAAUGAUCAAAGCAAUUGACGAAAAACUUCGAAAAGAACGUGCACUCCUCGCCCGGGCACAUAACCUGCAUCGUCAAUUUUUGGGAGAUUCGAUCUGGAUACCUUGCGGAACCCUGGAAACAGAAGAUGAUCCGUUUAUAUUUCGACCGCGGCAUGCACAGGCAUCUAAUCAGCAACACAGAGAUAAGAGAUCACAAACAGGGCAGGGCCAUGCCGGUAAUGUCAACAGUGGCGACAAUACCCAAUUGGAUACAGCAUCGAGCAAUAAAGAUGAACGAAGUGCAGGUGACGAUGUUGAGAUGGCAGAAGCUCCUGUGUCCGAGACAGAUAAAUAUGCAGAAACAAAGAAUCUGAAGACAGAGGAUGGCUCUUCUUCCCUAAGAGACGUGUUACGACAUAAUGAAAACGGAGAUGCAGAUUCAACGACCAGAGAGACCAAUUCGUCCGAGAACGGCAAGUUCGAUCAAAAAGAACAAGCACCUCAUACUACAGAAUCUCCACAUGCGCAAAAUACCGAGGGCGGCGAUAUCGUUAUGGAGGAUGCAUCAGAAUCAAAAAGUAUGAGAGACAAAGAAGAUACCUCAACUCCCGACCCCCCAAGACGAAUGACAACUCGCGCACAAGCAAACGCAACAAACGAGAAUGAAGUCAUCACAAGCAGUAGCUCACGAUACCCAUCUCCCGACGCAGCUACCCAGCUCUCAACAGCCCACCCCCUAUUCCUCGUACCCGAGAACAUACGACCGGACAAAGAUUUCGGCCUCCCGCCGAACGAAGCAGAAGAAACGCGUCGACUACUAUGGUCCUACAUCCAAAAGCAAGAAGAAACAGUCCGCGGAUUCACAGCUAUGCUAAAGUCCCUACGUCGAGCCGACCAACUCAAAGAAGAUGUCUUUGAAUGGUGCAAGGCAGAGGGACAUAUUGGCGAAAUGAGUGACGGUGAAGAUUGGUAUGAUAGGGAGAAAUUGGGGUUGGCAGAAGGCGAGGAUUUGAAAAAGGGUGCCGAUGAUGAUGAGGUUGAGAAUACUGUUCAUGAAGAAAGAACUACGGGGAAGAGAGGUCGUAGACGUCAGUAGACAGGUUUUCCUCCAUGCAUUUUCUUCAAUUCUUGCACAGCCUUCAUUAGGAUCACUUGUGAUCAG